CACACACACACACACACACAGACACACACACUGUCUUCCCGCACGUGCGCAGACACACACACACACACACACACACACACACACACACACACACACACACACACACACACACACACACACACACACACACACACACACACACACACACACACACACACACACACACACACACACACACACACACACACACACUUUCUCACAUGCAUGCAAUGAAACUGAGAGUGGCUUUGAUCGGGAGAUCAAGAGACAUACACACAUUUUCUCUUUCUCUCACACACAGAGGGAGUAGGGAAGGCAUCCAGGGAGGCAGGCACUGGUGCCUUUUGAAGCAGCAGUGAAAGAGAGAGAGAGGAGAGAGGAGAGAGGACAGGGGGACUAAGGCACCGGACCACUGUCACCUACCGACCAGCCCCCCGCCGAUGAUCCACGGCUACAGCCACAGCACAGUGAAAAGGGGGUUAUGCCAGGAGAGCUUGAAAGGAAGGGAAGAUCCAACUCUCCGUCUGUCCAUCCGUCCGUCCACCCGUUAUCCUCAUUCCUCUUUUUUUCCGAGCCGAUAUCUCAGGUCGGACGGUCCCGUUUUGAAUUCUUUCUUUUUCUCUUGUAAUUUUCGUUUUUUCUCUUUUUUGAUGGAGGGAUGUUAAGGAUCAGGUGAAGAAAGGAGGAGCUGCAUUGUGGAUGUCUGAAAGGUUGUCAUUUCUAUUUUUUUUAGUUUGUUCUUAUUUCAACGAUCACUUUCUUUCAACGAUCACCUCCUGACUGAAUUGAAGCGUGUGUGUGAGCAGCAGGACUGGAGGCAAAAAGGACUUUGAGAUUUAUCUCUGUUUUGAUAUGAUUCAGUCGUCAGGCAAAUUCUUUCCUAUCCUGAAGGAGCUGUGUCAAAGUUAGCUGGAGCUGCAGGGAGAGGAGGGGGCCGUGGGGAGGGCCUGUGGCCCAGGACGGAGCACCCAACCUGGGACGCACACAGAGGGACACAGGCGUAGUGGCUCUUCUCACCCACUGAUAACUGUGUACCUGAAAAUGACACCAUGAGUUUUAUAUUGUCCUGCUGCCAAGGGGACGGAGGGACAGUGACAACAACGUAAACAACAACAAGUGCAAUAGCAGGCAACAGCCUAAAGGAGAACAACAGCUAAACCACCAGUGACUGGAACAACACAUUGCAUCUAAUUAAACCUCAACUAGUCAACAUCCCACAACUUUGGGUGGGCCUUUGACAAGGACUCCACCACUCCAUCUGUCCUUUCUCCACCACUCUCUCUGCCGUGGUGGUCUCCUCCCUCCAUUCACCAGCAAGAAUCCCCUAGUGACUCCCACUCUGCUACUAUAUUCCUCCAGAUAUUGUUGACAUAACAUAUUCACAUUUCUAUGUCAAUCUAGGAAAGUUUUCUCAAGGAUUCUGGGUAAUCUCCCCCGGCGGUGCGCCGUCGCCCUGGGUGAAAGGGCAGGGGGGCGGCCCACGGUUCCCCCCGACCACAACCGGGUGAAGAACAGGAGCGGGCGGCAAUAUGGCUGCUCUCGCCAGCUCAUUGAUCCGCCAGCGGCGGGAGGUGAAGGACCCCCAGGCCAACCGGCAGGUGGCCAACAAGAGGAAGCCGUGCCCCAAGGCCAACAAGUCCCUGUGCCAGAAACAAAUAUUAUUACUCAUAUCAAAAGUCCGACUAUGUGGCAAUCGAGGGCGAAAGUUAGAAAAAAAACCGGAGCCCCAACUGAAAGGCAUCGUCACAAGACUCUACAACCGGCAUGGCUUCUACCUCCAGAUGCUUCCGGAUGGCACCAUGGACGGCACAAAGGACGAAAGCAGCUCCUUCUUGCAGUUCAACUUGAUUCCUGUGGGACUGAGGAUAGUAGCCAUCCAGAGCACCAAGACAGGGCUCUACAUUGGGAUGAACAGCGAUGGAUACCUCUACACCUCAGAACACUUCACCCCAGAGUGCAAGUUCAAAGAGAGUGUGUUUGAGAACUACUACGUGACGUACUCAUCCAUCCUGUACCGGCAGACCCAGUCGGGCAGGGCCUGGUACAUCGGCAUCAACCGGGACGGACAGGUCAUGAAGGGCAACAGGGUCAAGAAGACUAAAGGGGCGGCCCACUUCCUGCCCAAACUCAUAGAAGUGGCAAUGUACAGGGAGCCUUCGCUGCAUGAAGUGGUGGUGGUUGCCGAGCUGAGUCCGCCCAGAAAAACGGCCAAGACCUCCGAUUCGCCCGUGCUGCAGAACGGCAAGAAAGACCCGCCCUCCAAAACCAAAACUUCCUAGCGCACGGAGAAGACAGGGGGCAAUGGGCACUGACUGGCACUGGCACUGACUGGCGAACAAAGUCUUCCUGUUUUUAUUACAAAGGGGUGUCACCUUCAAAUGUUUCCCCCCUGCCCCACCGAGCAGCACGUAGAGGGGGCCCUAUUGUUCUAUAUUCCCACAGGUUUCAUCCAUACUAAUGUAAGGUUGGCCAAGGAUGUGAAAUGGCACCCUAUUCCGUUUAUAGUGCACUACUUCUGACCAAAGCCUGCACAGGACUCUGGUCAAAGUAGUGCACUAUAAAGGGAAUUGGGUUCCAUUUGGGACGUGUCCCCAAGCACCCUGUUGUUCUCUUCACAUCUGUUACCAGGUAUUCUCUGUCCGUCAGCACCUUUGUGACCAUAGCGAUCCCCUCCAUACUUAAGCAAUGAUGUGGAGGUUCUCUUUUCUUUAUUUCUUUCUCUCGUUCACCUUUGGUGCAAUUUGAUUAGUUUGUGACACGGAGUCAAUUUUCCACUCGGCAGCACAAGAGAAACUUCCUCGUUCUUCUCUAGGGCUGUUAACAGCAGCUCUCUAAUCAAAAUCUUCCAUACCUCUUGAAAGAGAGAGAGGAACCUCCCCACUGCACUGCAUUGAACUACACACACACGCACGCACACACAUGCACACACACACACACACACCCAGCUGAGAGGGAGUGGUGAUUGUGUGCGGGUCAGGGCUUAAAGAAUGGUAAUGAUAUCAUCAGUGAGAUGGUGUUGGUCUCUGGGAAUCUGUGAAUCUGUUUGCAUUACAUCCUCCUAUCAUUACAACACAAUGUAUAACUUCUCUAGCUCAUGCCUUAAGCCAGGGAGAUACAUACUGUAGGGCCCACAGGAGGUCAGUGGCAACUUAAUUGGGGUGGACGGGCUCGUGGUAAUGGCUGGAGCGGAAUGAGUGGAAUGGUAUCAAAUGUGUUUCCAUGUGUUUGAUGCCAUUCCAUUUGCUCUGUUCUGGGCAUUAUUAUGAGCCGUCCUCCCCUCAGCAGCCUCCUGUGCUGUAGGCCUAUUGUGGUUUUGUUUGAGUGUUUUUGUAGUUGGGUAUGUUAUUGCAGGACAGUUGUGGUUCUUUUCUGAGGGCUACAGCCUCCCUAUGGAAUUAUCAGGCCAAACAGACUGGCACCCAGGCUAAUAACCUCCUGGUUCCACGUUUAUUUCUGUUGUUGAUCUCAACUUCCAAUGUAAUAACCAACUAGUACGCACUGAACCUGUUCAACACAUGAUCCAGUAUCGAGCCUCCUUUACUGCACGUUCCACCAUCAUGUCUGGUCAUUGCCCGAGCAACGUCAUUGUUGUACAGUAUGAAAUCUGUUGUUGUUUUGUUGACGUUGACAGCGCCAGCUACAGGUUGCUAAUUCUCAAUGGCUGCAUCCGAAAUGGUACUGAGCAGAGCUGUGGUCAAAGGUAACACAGUACAGGGAAUACGGUGCCUCUCGCUGACAUGCGUAUACAAGACUGUGAUGUUUUUUAUUUUACCUUGAUGUGUUUUACAGGAGGGAUUUGAGUUCCCAUCCCAAAUGGAAUGUUAGGUCACACUUUAUUUGGAUAGUCCGGAUUUAUGGUCAUACUAUCAACAAACCAUCUGUUGAUGAGCAACUGCUUGUUAAGGUUACAAUUAGGGUUAGAAUAAGGGUAAGGGUAAGGUUAGGGUAAGAGUUAAGUUUAGGGUUAGGAUAAGGUUUAAGGUUAAGGUUAGUUAAGGUUAGUGUUCGAGCUAGGGUUAGUAGAUAGUUACAGAUGGACUAUCCAAAUAAAGUGUUACCGCAAACUAUUUCCUACAUAGCCCUAUGGGCCCUGAUCAAAAGUAGUGCACUAUGUAGGGAAUAGGGUGCCAUUUGGGAGGAAGCAAGCUAGGGCAGAGUGGUAGAUGGAGGAGAGGUUCACUACUUUAGAGUGAGCGGGCUUGUUUGCAGUGGUGGAAAAAGUACCCAACGUUCAUACAUGAGUAAAAGUAAAGAUACCUUAAUAGAAAAGGAAGUAAAAGUAAAGGUCACCCAGUAAAAUUCUACUUGAGUAAAAGUCUAAAAGUAUUUGGUUUAAAAUAUAGUUAAGCAUCAAAAGUAAAAGUAUAAAUCAUUUCAAAUUCCUUAUAUUAAAAACCAGAUGGCACCAUUUUCUUGUUUUUUUUAUUUCUGGAAAGUCAGGGGCACAUUCCAACACUCAGACAUCAUUUACAUAUGAAACAUGUGUGUUUAGUGAGUCUGCCAGAUCAGAGGCAGUAGGGAUGACCAGGGAUGUUUGGUUGAUAAGUGCAUGAAUUUGACUAUUUUCCUGUCCUGCUAAGCACUCAAAAUAUAAAGAGUACUUUUGGGAGUCAAGAGAAAUGUAUGUAGUAAAAAGUACAAUAUAAGGAAUGUAGUUAAGUAAAAGUAAAAGUAGUCAAAAAUAUAAAUAGUAAAGUACAGAUACCCCAAAAAACGAAUUAAGUAGUACUUUAAAGUAUUUUUACACCACUACUUGUUUGUCAAGCCAGAGGAGAGAAAGGGAGGAACGAGGGUUCAGAGAGAAUUAUAGGAAUUACGAUGGCUUCUUCCAGACCUGGUAAUCCUAAAUAAGGUGCUGACACCAGGCAUCUCCAUCACUCACACUCUCACACACUCUCUCACACACACUCUCUCACACACACUCUCUCUCUCACACACACACACACACACACACACACACACACACACACACACACACACACACACACACACACACACACACACACACACACACACACACACACACACACACACACACACACACACACACACACACACACACACACACACACACACACACACACACACACACACACGACAGUGUUGCAAUCCUCCAGGGUCCAUGUUGUACAAUCUGCCCUAAUAAUAUGUUUAAAGCAGCUGAAGAUAAAGUCCUCCAGGAUGUCUGUCAGGCUGUCUGUCUGUUAUGCUAGCAGGAUGUCUGUCUGUUAGGCUAGCAGGCUGUCUGUCUGUUAUGCUAGCAGGAUGUCUGUCUGUUAGGCUAGCAGGAUGUCUGUCUGUUAGGCUAGCAUGGUGUUUGUUAGGCUGUUUGUUAGGCUGUCUGUCAGUCAGGCAGGCAGGCAGGCAGGCAGGCUGGCAGGCAGGCUGGCUGGCUGGCUGUCAGACUUUCUGGUUCUCACUGGUUCAGACUAUUCACUUCAAUUAAGCAAUUAAAUAGGGCUUCCGAUUUAUGUAUUUGGGAAGCCCGGUUGCCUAGCCUACAGGCCUAUGAUAACACACACACACACACGCACGCACGCACGCACGCACGCACGCACACACGCGCACACACAUCAUGCCUGACCCACUGAUUCCACAAGCUAAUUCCAAGCAUGUCCAAUUAUAGAAAGGUUCUGAGAACAUGAGUCUCUAGGAAGAUUCCUUCUGCCUCAGAUUAGAACUAAAUGGUGUGAGACUGUCAGGAGAGGGGGUAGAGGAGAUGGAGGGGAUGAGAGGAGUAGAGUGGGGUGGAGGAAAUGGAAAAGAGGAGGGGAUGAGAGGGGAG